UAAUGUUGUCCUCACACUUCGCUCUGUUCGGAACGCAUACUGUUGUGAAGUUCGUGCUGUUGUGUGUAUGUAAUCUAAAAACACAUUUUAGUUUUAGUUUGUGUUUAUGAGAUUCAAUGUUCACCAAAGUGGAGUGCGAAUUAUACGAAGUUUGUGAAAAUAUGAAGAAAAGUGUGUUGAUCGCUUUUUAGCGAUGUGUGAUUUUGAUAAAUUGAAUUGAUAGUGAUAUAAUAAAAUUCAUGGUGUUGCCGAUAUUGUUAGUGCAGUUUGUAAAGUAUAGUUCGAAUCAUAGGGUCCACAAACGAGGAGACGGAUUCUAUCAUGGUCGUAAAACGUGCUGCGGACAGUGCGGACUCACCAAUACUGGAGGAAGCCGGCGAGAGCGGCUCGGAACAGAAGCCAAAGCCACUCGUCAAAUAUGGAGAACUCGUCAUACUCGGUUACAAUGGAUACCUGCCAGCGGGAGAACGGGGUCGUCGUCGAAGCAAAUUCGUGCUAUAUCGGCGACCACAGGCAAACGGUGUCAGGCGCUCCAAGCACUAUGUGGUCAAGACGCCGCACAGCAGCAAAGCCAUCCUAGACGCCAGCCAGCACUCCAUCUCUUACACACUCAGCCGCAGCCAAGCGGUCAUCGUCGAAUACACAGAGGAUCCCGACACGGAUAUGUUCCAGAUCGGUAGAUCUUCAGAAUCGCCAAUAGACUUCGUGGUGAUGGAUACAGUGGCUGGCGACAAGACCGGCGACACCAAAGUGCUGCAGAGCACAAUAUCGCGGUUCGCCUGCCGUAUCAUAGCUGACCGUACCGACGUCAACAACUGCCGCAUUUACGCCGCCGGAUUUGACUCUUCCAGAAAUAUAUUUUUAGGGGAAAAAGCCACAAAAUGGACAGAGAACCACGAAAUUGAUGGGCUCACGACAAAUGGCGUGUUGAUAAUGCAUCCGCGCGGCGACUUCUGCGGAGGAAGUGCCACCUGCGGGCCGUGGCGCGAGACGUCUGUCGGAGGCGCUGUCUUCUCGCUCAGGGAGAGUCGCUCUGCACAACAGAAGGGCCUACCCUGCCAAGCAGAGACAAACGUCCUCAGAGACGGCACGAUGAUAGACUUAUGUGGCGCGACACUGCUCUGGAGGAGCGCUGAAGGACUUAAAAAUUCACCGACAAAACGCGAUCUUGAAACUUUAGUCGACGAGUUGAACGCGGGCCGGCCACAAUGUCCCGUGGGUCUGAACACGCUUGUCAUUCCGCGCAAGCUGUCUACCGCGCACCAGGAUCUCAACCAGCCCUACGUGUAUCUUAACUGCGGACAUGUGCAAGGCGAGCACUCGUGGGGCGCGGACGGCAGCGAGUCGGGCGCGCGGCGCUGCCCGAUGUGCCUGACGGCGGGGCCCGUCGUGCGCGUCUGCAUGGGCAUCGAGCCCGCCUUCUACGUGGACGCCGGCCCGCCCACCUACGCCUUCAACCCCUGCGGACACAUGGCCUCCGAGAGGACCGUCAAGUACUGGGCGAGUGUGGACAUCCCGCACGGCACGAACGGCUUCCACGCGAUCUGCCCCUUCUGCGCGUCGCCGCUGCAGGGCUCGCCCGGAUACGUGCGGCUCAUCUUCCAGGACAACCUUGACUGAAUCUCGAUACACUCGCACAGGUCGCCGGCGGCUACUUGACGUGUGCGUACAAAGUGCAUUAACGGACGUAUUACAUGACGGUAUGCCAUAAUGCUUCGAGCUCGUGACGACGAACACCAAGCUUCCGCUGCGUUAUCGUUGUAACCACUGUAACCCUAGUUAUGGCGAUCCUCACCCCGUGAGGGUGUUCACAUGACUACGUCGGCCCCCCGACCGCGUUACUGGCUAGCACAGGACGGACAGAAUCUCACUGUACACUGUGGCUUCACCAAACCUUACAUUUGCAUCAUGUGAUCGACUAAACAGUUAGACAAUACAUUUAUUAAUAACAAUUAUAUCCGAUUCCCCUAAGAUUUUCAUUAUUUAUUACACUAAUUUCGCAAUUUAA